CAGUUUGUCAUAGGAUGUGCACAUUUUUUUAUAUGCAUAAGACAAACAGCUCCACUUCAAGCACCGCAGCCAAGCUUAAACAUUUAGCCAUGAAGUAUUCUUCUGGUCCAAGAGCUGUUUGAAGUACCGGUACUACUAACAAUUAACCAUUAUCUUGUUUAGGUACAGAUGAUACAUUUGAUCACGGUUGAUGGGAUAACAAUGCUACAAAGCUAAGUGGAGUUGAUGGAGUUGAGGAUUAUGGGCAGAGCUAUGGUAAGGAGAAGAAGCUUUUUAAAAAGCGUGCUUCUACUGGUCCUCAACAUCCUCACAAAAUGUGUCUGGCUGUUGCCUUCCCCAAGGAAUGUCACAAUCAAGUCAAUAAACAUGCGGCAUGUGCUUAAAUGGCACCCCCCACCGUCCAUCUGUAGCACAACUAUGUACAAUGUACAAUUUCAAGGAGAGUUUGAGCUGAGUUUCUUGAAUGGAAGCUGGGAAGAUGUGCCUGAAUGCCAGAAAAUAACCCAAAAUGAAUGUGAUCUGACCGUUGACCUCAGCUCAGACUCUGACUACAACGUCCGUGUACGGGCAGAGUGCAAUAACAGAGUCUCACCAUGGUCAGAGCUCCACAAACCAUUUAACCGAAGACACACAGUCCUGAGUGUUCCUGAUAUGACUGUGACAGCAAUGGGAGAUUCCCUAAUAGUGACAUUCCAAAACCUGCCCCUUACUGGAGGAGUCAUAGUGACAGAGUGGAAGACAGGAGAGGAACUCAGGACUAAAACACAUGUCAUUCCGGUGGACCAGAAAUAUCUCCACAUCACCUCCCUGCAGGAGGGAGCGGAAUACUGUAUCGAGGCCCACACACACCUGGACUCCCACAGCAUGAGCAGCAGCAGCACGGACACACAGUGUGUCACCAUCACAGGUCACACUGCACCUUGGCUGAAGCCUACUACUGCUAUUGUUGCAGUGAUAUUGGUAUGCCUGUUAAUUGCUCUGUUUGGAUUAGUGGUCCAUUGCAAUCCAGAAUCCUGUCAAGCCUAUUUCCACAAAGAACCCAUGCCUGCCUCACUGAGGAUGGAUCUCUCAGUCACAAUAUCAAAGCUCCAACUUCCGAAGGAGGAGCUUAAUGAGUCAAUCCACUUCUGCUGAUUGACCGACAUACUUAACCAACUGAAAAGGUGGAAAGAAAAUGAGUGAGGAAGAAUGGCACUUACAAACCAGAAGAGAGGACAUUGGUGAAUGCGGUUUCAUUGUUACAGUACUGAAGAACUUGGUGGAAUCUACAGUUUCGUUACAACCACAGAAUGUUAGGAGAAUGUGAUGACAACGGACACAUAUGCAAAUAUACAUUUUUUUACUAGGAUUGAAUGUCAGGAAUUGUGUAAAACUUAGUUGAAUGUAUUUGGCCGAGGUGUAUGUCAACUUACAACUUCAACUAUAGACAUUGCAUUGUAAUUGAUUGCAUACAUCUCUUCAGAUAUGCAAUAUCAUCCUCUAUCUAAACUGGCUGCCUCGAUUUUCUACAUGGGAAACAUAAAACAUCUAAAUACUCUGAUCAACACUGAUAAUGUCACCUUUUCUGGGGGGCAGGGGAACUGACUAAAAUAAUACAAGUCUGCUCAAUACCACUAAUAAAGGUGUAUUUGGUGUAGUA